ACCACAAUCCAGCCACAGUCUACCACACGGGGGGACAAAAAGGAUCGAGAUAAGGGGGUGGAAGUUCCUAAAACCUCCGUAAAUAAAGGAUGAGGGGAAGGGGGCGUGACAUCAUGUGACCAGCGCCUCCCCCGAGCCAUGGCGUCAUACUCUCAGGAGGAGGAGAAGCACUACAGGGAAUAUGGGCCAGGCUGCGAAAUCGGGUCAUUCCCCAAGGACUUUGUGUACGGCCCUGAUGACCCUGACCAGGACAUCUCCCUCAUCUUCGCUCCAGACCAGAAGCCCAAGAUAUUACUCAUGGGGCUUCGGAGAAGUGGCAAAUCAUCAAUACAGAAGGUGGUGUUCCAUAAAAUGACUCCAAAUGAAACACUUUUCCUGGAAUCGACAAACAAGAUUGAGUCAGAGAAUAUUUCAAACUCCUCCUUCGUGCAGUUCAAGAUCCUCGACUUCCCGGGCCAAAUUGACUUCUUUGAGCCUUCCUUUGAUUCAGAGAAGAUUUUUGGGGGCCAUGGCGCGCUGGUGUUUGUCAUCGAUGCACAGGACGACUACAUGGAGGCCCUGAACCGCCUGCACCAGACAGUCUUGAGGGCACAUAAGGUUAACCCACACUUGCGCUUUGAGGUCUUCAUUCACAAGGUGGAUGGCCUCUCCGACGACACCAAGAUUGAGACCCAGCGUGACAUACACCAGAGAGCCAAUGAUGAGCUGGUGGAUGCUGGAAUGGAGCAGAUUCACCUGAGCUUCUACCUGACCUCCAUCUACGACCACAGCAUAUUUGAGGCGUUCAGCAAGGUGGUGCAGAAACUUAUCCCACAGCUGCCCACCCUCGAGAACCUCCUCAACCUCUUUAUAUCAAACUCUGGGAUUGAGAAAGCGUUCCUGUUUGACGUGCUGUCGAAAAUAUAUAUUGCCACAGACUCCUCGGCGGUGGACAUGCAGAGCUAUGAGUUGUGCUGUGAGAUGAUUGAUGUGGUUAUUGACAUUUCAGACAUCUAUGGGAAAGACGAGGGCGCCCAGGUUCCGUUUGACAAGGAGAGUUCAAGCAUUAUUAAGCUGAACAAUGCCACUGUGCUAUAUCUGAGGGAGGUGAGCCGGUAUCUGGCCCUCGUCUGCAUACUGAGGGAGGAAAGCUUCGACAAACAGGGUUUGAUAGACUACAACUUCCUAUGUUUCCGCAAGGCCAUACAAGACGUGUUUGACGUGAGGAAGGUACAGUUGCAGCAGCUGACCAGUAGCCUGUCAUCCCCUAUCCUACAGAACAGCCACACCAACGGCCCCACCACCUAGUACUAGUCACCUGGCGGGCUCAAGGCACCUUGCACUUGCAGGUCCCUCACCCCACCAGUACAAAGAGGAAGGCAUGGCACACCUGACGGCCUCCGGUGGUCAAGGCUACAGGAACAAGCGCAACAUUCACCAGACAGCAACUACUACUACUACUACUACUACUACUUCUACUACUACCACCACCACUACUACUACUACUGCUACUUCUACUACUGCCGAUUAACUUAACUGUCUGCUGUGAGGAUGCUAUCUGUGGAAACUCUUCUUAAAGUGCUCUGAGUGUGUGUGUGUGUGUGUGUGUGUGUGUUUAUGUAUGUGUGUGUGUGUGUUAGGGCUUUGUUGUUAUUGUGCAAAACUGGACGACGCGAGAUUGUGAAAAAAAAAAAACCGCCUCACAAUUUUUCCUCUUUUUUGUCAUCCACAUCCUUAUUUUUGUUAGGAUAUAUUUUGACAGAUAGCAUAUUGUAUUUUAGAAACAUUCAAAUAACUGCUUUUUAUCUAAGGCGUUGUAAAAAGCUUAUCUUGAAAUCGUAUAACAGUUUUCAACGUGUACAGCUAAAUUAGCCAGCAUAAUCAAACUAACCUAAGCAUUAAUAAAUUUCAAGUAUCUAUGUGACAGAGAAGGGGAAGAGGGUAGCUAGGGGAAGACUUAGUGUGUGUGGGAAUAUGCAGACUGAUAUCAAAGUAUCUGGGAAUCAUCAGUGUCUCUUGGAAUACACAGAAAAAGGAAUUGUGUCUAGUAAUAUAAAGAAAUCAAAUUGUCUAUCUCUAGGGACUGAUAGAGAGACAGUCAUCAGUGUUUCUCUAGGAAUAUAUGGGAAAAAAGAAUCAUUAUCUCUAGGAAUACACAAACAGGAAAUAUCAGCAUCUUUCUCAAGGAAUAGACAGAUUAGAGGCUGAUAAUGAUGGUGAUUUUUCUUUAUAUAUAUUUGCCUUUCACAUAAAACAAGUUGAUAUAAGACAGAUUGAUAAUAAAAAAAAGCUUGUAUGGUUUUGUGUUGGAGUGGAAAACAAAAGCUAUUCAAAUUAUCACAGGAAUUCAUACGGGUUUCCCCUGUCAUGGAAAACAAGAUUGUAUAAUAUAAAAGAAGUGAAUAAUGAAAUAGUUGUUUAUGUUUGAGUUGUGUCUGAAUACAAAAAAAUACAAAAAAACUA